AGAGAAAAGCGAGACGCCAGAUCACCGGCCUUGGACCGAAAACGGCGGUGCGUCCGAAGCACCAAGUGAUUGGGGCGGUCAAUCGAUCGGCGUAUUUGCAGGAGAAGCAAAAGCAUCACGAUCGAGUUGUGGAGCAGCAGAAAAAAAUGAAAAACUCGAAAGCGGAAGAACAGGAGAUGGAGCAAACGCUUGACGAUGCGAUGUUACAAGCCCUCCGCGUUUCCUCAGAUGGUAUGGACCGCCGCGCGUCCGUCUCCUUCGCGCCAACGCACACCGUUUGUACUGAUUUGGCCUGGGAAGAACAAGAAGUCCAUCAAGUUAAGAGCGGUAAGAAGUUAAAAGACGCACAGGACGAAGUAGGUGACGACGAUCUGGACCUCGACCCGGCAGCGAUAGUCGCGGUAAAAAGGAAAAGAGAGCGUGGAGGAGAACAAGACCAUGCUGGUGGAGAUGAUGAAGACGAGCAGCAAAACGAAGCCGAAGCCGACGAACAGGGCAGUGAGGACGUGGGCGCUGCGCUCGGUCGGACGUUGGCGCAGACGUUUGGGGGACGGUCUGACGAGGACCAGGAAUUGGAAGCGUUUACCGUAGCGAUGACAAAGUCGCUGCCGAAAUCCUACCGGAGAGACUCCUUUGGAACGAGCAGUCUGGGGCUGUUGGGCGUGUACGAAAGGGGAAAACUACCCCCCUAGUCGGUCCCCCUCGUCGUCAUUUGUCGUGCAAAAUACUGAAUGUCGUGCCCUUUGGCUCUCAGCGCUGUUUGAAUGUUGAAAGGUUCUUCCGGAAGCCGAAUCAACACUAGAGCCUGUCGGGAAUUUGAUGUCAUGCAAAUGCUGCAUGUUUAAGUUUAUUCUCUUUGCCAUCGCUUGUCUUGCUUUUCAUGCCAUGCUUACAAAUGCGGGGGAGGCGGAGUGGGAGUUGUGCACUCUCAUAGCACGAAAAGGAUAACGACGUCGGUCGCGGCAGAGCGGGCGGAGGAAGAGAAGCACGAGCAGAAGGAUAGUGUUUCCGGAUCUACUGCAUUUGUUCCGGCAAGCGGUGUUGAGAAGGUCACAGACCCUGUAGCACAGAAAGAGCUGCGCAGGGAAAGGAGUGAAAACAACAAGCAUCUCCCUGCCAUCAAGAAGACUGCAGCAGGUGGAGAACAACUCCAGCCUACUGCUGACCAAGUGGUCACGACGGUCCUCGUCGACCCCGGUGUGCAUAAAACCGGUAGCGGCAGGUCGAGCAAGGAAAGUCAGCGAAAAACUUCCGCGUCGAAAAGCCGCACAGCUUCUUCGAGUUCAAAGCCUGCAAACACGAUGAACACAUCCCUCACUACAUCGUCCACAGCUGGCGGUGGUACUUCUGCGGCAGUUACUAGCACUGGUGCAGCUGCAAGGAGUAUGUCUAAGUCCGACCGCGCUAUUCUGCUGACCUAUUCGCCGCAGCGCCUCGAGACGCCAGAUUCUACCUCUACGAUGGCGAGAAUUGGCUCGAAAAUCAAAAACGGGCGAUGGGCUGCGCCGCGAUGCGGAACAGCGCCAGCAAGUUCCGGCGCAGGUAGUGGUGGAACGAAGAGCAAAAGCAAGACUGCUGGCACAAUACCAAC